AUAUCUGUCAUCAAUCAGAGGUGCUGCAGACAAGUCUCUUCCUCUCUCUCACACACACACACACACACACACACACACACACACACACACACAGUAUUUCCUCCUCUCAGUGUGCUUGAUCAUUGGAACGAGCAGCAGCUGAACCCCAGCAGAAGAUGGAUUACUCUCUGGAGGACAUGUCCAACCAAUCGUAUCCGGACUACAACUACACAGACUUUGACUACGACCUGGUCUCUCCGUGUGCUCCGCAGAACAACCACAGUGUGCAGCUGGUCGUCGGGCCGUACGUUCACUCCAUCAUCUGCAUCCUGGGCCUGGUGGGCAACAGCCUGGUGAUCGUCACCUACGCCCUCUACAAGAGGACCAAGUCCAUGACGGACGUGUACCUGCUGAACGUGGCGGUGGCCGACCUGCUGUUCGUGGCCUCACUGCCGCUCAUCGUCUACAACGAGCUGACGGCGUGGUCCAUGGGUCCGGUGGUGUGCAAGCUGCUGCGCGGCUCCUACAGCGUGAACCUGUACAGCGGCACGCUGCUGCUCGCCUGCAUCAGCAGCGACCGCUACGUGGCCAUCGUGCAGGCGCGCCGCAGCUUCAGACUGCGCUCGCUGGCCUACAGUCGCCUCAUCUGCGCCGCCGUGUGGGCGCUCGCAGUACUGCUGUCCGUGCCCUCCUUCUACUUCUACAGCUUGUACCAGCCGACCCACAGCAGGGACUUCAUGGACGAGGAGGACGGGAACAGCACCGACGGCACGGAGUACGUCUGCGAGCUCAGGUUCAUGGACUCCACCGAGGCUUUGACCUCCAAGGUGGCGCUGCCCAGCAUGCAGCUGGCCGUGGGCUUCUUCCUGCCGCUGCUCGUCAUGGUCUUCUGCUACAGCGCCAUCGUGGGCACGCUGCUGAAGGCCAGGAACUUCCAGCGCCACAAGGCGGUGCGCGUGGUGCUGGCCGUGGUGGCGGUGUUCGUGGUCUGCCACCUGCCCUACAACCUCACGCUGCUGUACGACACCGCCAGCAUGUUCAAUCUGCAGAACUGCGAGGACGUGGACUUCCUGAAGACAGCCAAGACGGUGACGCAGACCCUGGCCUACCUGCACUGCUGCCUGAACCCCGUGCUGUACGCCUUCGUCGGGGUGAAGUUCAGGAACCACUUCCGGAGGAUUGUGCAGGACCUGUGGUGCCUGGGGAAGAGGUACAUCCGGCCCCGGCGCUUCUCCAGGGUCACCUCCGAGAUCUACGUGUCCACCCGCCGCUCCGUGUCCAGUGAGAACGGCUCGUCCUUCACGAUGUGAGGACGCCGGGAACAUCUCCGGAGGUCCACUCUGAAAAUCCUCCGGUUCCCUAGAGGUUCUUCAUUAGGUUCCCCAUUGGCACUAUCAUGAGCACUGGCUCCGUCACGAGACGAACCCGAGGGCUUUAACGCGAGACACAAACACCUGCUGCAUCUUUAAUCUUUCCUGACGUCUUCAAGACUUCCUGAAGUGAAAUCAACCUGAGAAGGAAACCCACCGCCGGGCGGCGAACACAAAGAUUAAAGUUUCCUAAAAAUCAUCAAAAUACCAUCUGUUUUUUCAAACUGACCUCAGACUCUCUACUCAGCGUCCUGAAUAAACAAGACGAAUAUUUUAACACCACAACUUUUCAGUGAUUAAAAUAAAUACAGAAAAUAAUCUAAGAUCUAGUUCAUUAUCACUUUAUCCAUGUCAGGUUGAGCUGUCUGUAAACUCAGAGACGAGUCACACAUUUAUUUAGUCAGAAUUUUUUAAUUUUCAGAAUGUCAGAAAAAAUACAGAAUUUUUUAUUUUCAAGAAAAAGUCAGAAUUUUCAGGAAAAAGUCAGUUUUUAGAUUUUCUGUAUUUUCUGAAAGAAGACAGAAUUUUAAAACUGUCAGAAUAUUCAGAAACAUCUGGAAAUGCGCUCAACAGAAGAGUCCCUGAACACACCACCAUCCUGGGUGGCGGUCCACUUAAACUUCAAAAAUCAUUAUUCUGUCUAACCUAAUCUGAUAUCCCAAGUGUUGCUUUAGGUUGUAAUUGGAAAGGAAAAGGAGCAAAUGUGAAAUAGAUUAAAUCACCUUAAAUACCUAUGUAUUACUUGCAUUCAUCAUUUAUAGGGUGGAUUCAUGUAGUCUUUAUAUAAAAUGCAGAAGAAAGACAUUUAUUUGAUACGAUUUACUUUUAACUUGUUCUCUCAACCUCAAAACAAAGCUGUAUUCUGUCUGUUGUUUCAUAAAAUAAACUAUC